UUUGAAUUCUCUAUUUCAGAGUUGAGAAUGAAUCUUCUUGCAUGAUUGUUCUGAGAUGCUAGAAGAUGACAAGGCAGGAUAUCCUCCAGGGUCUGGAUACAGAGCACUUGCUCCCAACCUCUCCUCCUCCGGAGCGGAGAGGUUUCUCCACCUGGUCUCCGGCAGAUUACUUUAAACUACUCAAUAUCACAACAGCGAAGGCUCUUGCUUUGAUCCUGGUGGGUGGAUUCACAGUGUAUCAUAGUGUACUUCAUGCUACAUACGAUGUAACUCCCUGUAAAGGGUUACUCAAGGAUGGGAUGUAUAAGGGUAACCAGUGGCAGCCCUGGGGAUGUAUGAUGCAUAAAUAUACAAGGACGGAUAGUGAGAGAUGUUUCAGGUACAGCAGGUUCUGGGGUAAGAGUAAUCAUUUUGUAUAUGUCGGAGAUUCAAGGGUUCACCAACUCUACUCAGCUACAAGGCUCUGGUUGGAGUCAGGUUCUGAACCCAGCAUGCUUAAACCUACAGCAGCUGGUCAACCCUUAUCUCACUCAGUUUGGGAGAAUUCUGAGCAGAACCUGAAACUUGAAUACAUCCCAGCUCCGGAGGUUGAUACAUCUAUGCAGCAGGCUCUGGAGAAGUGGGGGAAAGCCAGUAAGACUCAAGUUUCCGUUCCUAGGAGAUCGAAUGGAAGUAUGGAUGCUCUGGAUGAGCAUCGGAGAAACCUGACCAGGUUGAAACCAGAACUAGAGAAUAUCAUGGAGUUCGGAGGAACUAAGGUCCUGUGGGCUCUACAGCCUCCGGUUAACUCAGAUCUUGUGAACGGGACGGAUAAGAUAAUCACAAACGAUCUGAUCUGGCAGUUUAAUUCUCAGGCCUACCGGGUUCUGGGGAAAUCUGAUAUUCUAGUCUGGUCCAGUCUUUACAGGUUGGUUGAGGGAAACCUUGAAGAAAUGGUGGACGGAUUUCAUAUCUCAGACCUUGCUCUAUCCAAAGCAAACCAAAUGAUCCUAAACCUUGUCUGUAAUGACAACAUGAACUUCAACGAUGGUUCCUGUUGCAAGAGCAGUGAUCAUAGAACCUCUCUGCAGACAAUUACCUUCUCCAUCCUGGCCGGAGCAGUAGGUCUCUCCGUUAUCAUCAUAAUCUAUCAGUUGGUUACAAGGAGACAGGUUUCUAACAGUCGAUAUCAGUCAAGCCGUCCUGGAAAUCUGAGUGUAUGCGACCUGCCCAGUAACUCCCUGACCAACCUGAUCUUCCCCCUGGCCCGCCUAGCGGUCAUCUUGGCCUACUUCUACGUGUGCGACAGGACCAACUUCUUCAUGAAGGAGAACAAGUAUUUCACCCCAAUCAACUUCUGGCUCCCUGUCUUGUACAUGAUGGUGGUGGGGUUGUUCUUUAACGAAGAGUCCAGCUACACCAGUGUUCUCCACGUGGAUCAGACGGAUGAAUGGAAAGGAUGGAUGCAGAUGGUAAUUCUUGUUUAUCAUAUGACUGGAGCAAGUGUAUCCAUCCCAAUAUAUUUACACAUCAGAGUUUUGAUCUCCUCCUACUUGUUUCUGGCAGGAUACUCACACUUCAACCACUUCUGGAUCAAGGGAGUCGGGACAGGUAUCUCCAGGAUGCUCCAGGUUCUCUUCAGGAUGAACUUCCUCACCUUCGUCCUGUGUCUGUGCAUGAACCGACCUUAUCAAUUUUACUUCUUUGUUCCUCUAGUCUCAUUUUGGUAUUUAGUUUUGUAUUGUGUUCUAAUUUCUCCUCCUGUUGUGAAUAAUCAGUGCGUUGAGGGAAACUCAAGCUCAAUAACUCAGUAUUUGUACGUGGUUCUGAAGUUGGUUGCUCUCGUGGCGGUCAUCUCAACCCUGUACAUGUCGGAGGUGUUCUUCGAGAAAGUAUUUGUCACAAGGCCCUGGAAGGCUCUUUUUGUCACAACAGAUGACGACAUUCAUGAAUGGUGGUUCAGGUGGAAGUUGGAUCGUUACAGUAUCGUGUACGGAUCUCUCUUCUCCCUUGCAAUCAUUAUUGGCGGGAAACUCAAGCUCUACGAUGACAGCAACCACAGCUGUCUAUGGCCAAGUGCCAUAGCAGUUCCGGUUAGUAUUGCAUCCUUGAUAGGGCUGGGAUCCUACACUAUAUUCUCCUUCUUCUGCAGGAAUAAAGCGGAUGGAAACGAGAUUCAUCCUUACAUUUCUUUCGUUCCUAUUGUCAGUUUGGUGAUUUUGCGCAACAUGGCGGGAUUUCUCCGUUCAAGAUACUCAACGUUCUUCGCUUGGUUUGGAAAAAUCAGUAUAGAGCUCUUCAUUUCACAGUACCAUAUUUGGUUGAGUGCAGACUCCCACGGUGUACUGGUCCUGAUCCCUAACUAUCCUGUGCUCAACAUCCUCCUCACCUCCUUCAUCUUCGUCGCAGCCUGCCACGAGAUUCAUCUCAUCACUGUACAACUCACUCCAUACUUUGUUCCUCCAGAACCAAUGCUAGCGAUACGAAAUAUUAUCGUCUUUGUUCUGAUCCUGGUUCCGAUUGGAAUUCAUGACGGCAUGUUCUAACUCAUACAUGUAAUAUAGAUUAUGUACAUUUAUCCUGUACAGUAUACAUAUAAUUGAUAAAUAAACUGUAAACUUA